UAUUGUUUGUGGAGUCCUGCGGCUCCGAGAGCUUGCUUCCCAGCCGGGAAAGAGGGCAAGUGGGCGGUUUACGAUCCUGCGCUCUGCCGGGACAAGUGAGCUGAACCCUUUGAUUUCUCCUGAGUAACCUGUGUGGGUGAACUUUAAACUGGGGGUCUGCUUGAUGCUGGUUCUUUAUCUCCAGGGCGAGGAGUCACCUCCCUCUGCACCGAGAAGGCUGGCUGGCUGCCUGCCCCUGUGGGGAAAGAUGCCCGGGAGAGGCGUAGGAUUACAGUUUGAGAUGGCAGGGACACACCAAAGAGCCCGAGUGCCUCGCUUCUGUUCGUCACAAAGUCCUGACAAGUGUGCCUGAAACGAACACCAUGCUCCGUUUGUAAAACUAUAUUUAUUUUUAUUUGCUAUUUUUUGGCUGUGGAUGUCCCUGACAUAGAAACUGAGUACCAGCAUGUGGCAAGGGUAAAACAUUUUAAAGAAAAUUUCCCCAUCCCUCAGUUCUCUUCCUUCUCAUCCAGUGACACCGGGAAAAGCAACCUUUUGCACGAUGCAGUGCCUGACUCUCCACGUUGUCUGAAUAAGUGGGAAGGAGCGGGCUCCUCCCGAGGACCCGGGCCGAUUUCAGAACCAGAGCUUUUUGUCUGUCUGUGGGGCUGCCCUUUGUCUCUAGCGGAUUUUGAUGGGAAAGAAGAUGAAAAAGGAAGGCUCUUCUGGUUCCUUCAGACUCAAGGCCAAUGCGGGUUCCCUCUCGCGCGCUGUGAGUUGGAUAAAUUUCUCCUCCUUGUCUAGACAGACAAAGAGGCUGUUCCGUAGUGACGGAGAGCUGUCGGUGUGUGGGCAGCAGGUGGACGCGGACGAGGAGAACUGGAUAUACAGGACGCAGCCCCGCAAAGCGGUCUCCAACCUUGACGAGGAGAGCCGCUGGACAGUGCACUACACAGCUCCAUGGCACCAGCAGGAGAACGUGUUCCUUCCCAGCACCAGACCCCCCUGUGUGGAGGACCUGCACCGCCAGGCCAAGCUCAACCUCAAGUCGGUGUUGAGGGACUGUGAUAAGCUGAGGCGUGAUGGCUACCGGAGCUCUCAGUACUACUCUCAGGGACCCACCUUCGCGGCCCACCCCGGCCCGCUCUGUGACGAGUGUCAACAUGAGGAUGCAGACACGGAUCAAAAGUGUUCUGUUUCUUCAUCAGAGGAUGAAAGACAUAUUGGCAUCAGGAGACCAAAAACUCCAACCUCAGGUGACUUUUCGGACCUUAAUACUCAGACAAACUGGACCAAGUCACUGCCCCUGCCAACGCCGGAAGAGAAGAUGCGACAGCAAGCCCAGACGGUCCAGGCCGAUGUGGUUCCUAUUAAUGUCACUGGGGAGAAUUUCGAUCGCCAGGCCAGCCUUCGGCGGUCUGUCAUUUACACAGACACUCUGGUAAGACGACCGAAGAAAGUCAAAAGGAGAAAGACUAUUACAGGAGUCCCUGACAACAUACAGAAGGAGCUAGCAUCGGCCACUGGCCAGGAUGAGGCCGGUGGUUACUCAGGGUACCCUCCAGACCACUACUCCCCGCGCGGAAGGCUUGACAGCUAUCACUCUGCUGGGCAGCGCUCGGAAACCAGGGAUUCCAGCUGCCAGACCGAGGAUGUGAGGGUUGUGCCGCCCUCCAUGAGAAGAAUCAGGGCCCACAAGGGGCUGGGCAUCGCCGCUCAGAUGAGCCCCUUCUCGGGCUCCUCCAGCAACAUGUCUGUGCUGAGCGAUCCAGCGGGGCUCGCGUUCCCUUCCCACCUCCACAGUGAGCCUGGCUUCCAUAGUCUUCCACGUUCUGGUGUCAGGGCCAACGCUCACUCCCUGGGCACCCUGGGCCCCGCAGAAGAUGUGGAUGACCCAUUCCCCUACUCACAAGGAGAUGACAACUUGGGGCAUUUAGGAGGCGCUGGAAGGUCGGGAACAUUUUUGAGGCCCAAAUCCCAGGAGCUGAGGCACUUUGACAGUGAGAACAGCAUGACCAGUCCAGCAUGUAUGGUCUCUCCUCAUGCGAGCUUCUCUACCAGCAUCAUCCCCAACGCUACCCUCUCAUCCUCCUCGGACGUUAUCAUUCUUCACACCGCCCAGAGUGCGGGGCAGCUGGACAGCAGAAUGGCCAGCUCAUCUGCAUACUCAAGGAUGAAACCCAGAGACCACCUCCUCUCCAGACAUGGUAUAAGAGCUGACCACGCAUCCCCUGGCCACCAUUGGAGCGAUGGCCAUUCCUCCAUCUACUCACAGCCCUUCGACUCUCCUUCCCCCAGUGUCACCACACUCCUGUCCGCCUGUGACCCAGAGGUCACUCCCAAUGGACCCCAAGCCAUGCACUAUAAUUGCAGAAACACCCUGAGUUUCCCAGCCCACCCCCAGGAUGUGGAUGGCAAGAGCGAGUCCAGCUCUUCUGGGAGCAGAGGGCAGGGUGGCGUGGAGCCAUGGGAGUACAGGGCCUCCAGCAGCGGGCGGGCGUCCCCCUUGAAGCCCCAUCUGGCUGCCCCUGGCUACUCCACUCCCACGAGUAACCAGAGCAGCUGCAGUUUGGACCAGACACCCAUCAAAGAGGACGCGGGGUCCCUGUAUUCUGAGGACCACGCUGGCUGCUACAGGUCUGCGCACAGUGACUCCGGAUGUGGCUUUGGGAACCCCAGGCACAGUGUGGUCAAUGUUUUUGAUGGAAGAGUUCAGAAGGGCCAAGGGGGCCAGUCAGGGUACCAUGAUAAAUCCCUUUCGAGAAACUUCUCCUUGAAGAAAGCCAAGAAGCCUCCCCUGCCGCCCUGUCGGACAGACUCUCUCCGCAGGAUUCCCAAGAAGAGCGGCCAGUCAAACGGGCAGGUGCUCAACGAGAGCCUGAUCGCCACACUCCAGCAGUCGCUGCAGCUGAGCCUCCCGGGCAAGGGUGGCAGCUCGGCCUCGCAGAGUCCCUGCAGUGACUUUGAGGAGCCCUGGCUGUCCCGCUCCCGGAGUCAGAGCACAGUCAGCGCUGGCAGCAGCAUGACCUCCGCCACCACCCCCAAUGUGUACUCCCUGAGCGGGGUCACGCCAUCGCAGAGCGACUCGAGCAGCAUCAGGUCGGAGUGCACAGACCCUUGGGGUUACUACAUUGACUACACAGGUGUGCGGGAAGAGCCUGGGAACCCGGCAGGACGCUGCUCAGCCAGCGGUGGCGCCCCAACUGGGAAUGGGCCGGUCCGCCACAUCCAAGAGGCGUCCAGGGCCACAGUCCCCCAAGUGCCUGGUGGCUGCACCAAACCAAAGGUCACGUCGCCGGAGAAGUCCCAGAGAGUCACUUCUCCAUCUAGUGGGUAUUCCAGCCAGUCGAAUACACCCACUGCACUCACCCCCGUGCCUGUGUUUCUAAAAUCAGUGUCACCAGCCAAUGGGAAGGGAAAGGCCAAGCCCAAGGUACCAGAAAGAAAGUCCUCUCUGAUCUCCUCGGUGUCCAUGUCCUCCUCGUCCACAUCUCUGUCCUCUAACACAUCCACUGAAGGCAGUGGCACAGUGAAGAAGCUGGACGCAGCCCCGGCCUUGCCCCUCGCUCCUCCUCCCCCCACUCCUCCUCUCCUAGCCCUGGGUCCUGCAGACAAGGCUCCCCUUCUUCCGGUGCUCCCCACUGCAGUGGAUGGCACCGAGGGCUCCCCUCUGCCUCACUCGCCCGUGUUUCCCCCUCCGCCCCCGGAAGUGCUCCCCUUCUUCUGUUCCCCACCUGACGGGUGCCUCCCCUCUGCCCCCACAGCACUAAGCCCCUUUAUUCCGGAUGCACUGGCUUCCUCACCAGCACCCCCACCUUUCCCCCCCUCCUUGGAGCCCCCACCCGCUCCCCCACUGGACCCCACAUUCAUGAAAGUCACCAGGCCUUCUUGCAGAAUCUCUGGGCAGCCCCAAUCCUCCUGGGAGGCCUUGAGGCCACCUUCGAACAAAGAGGAGAGUGCCAGGCGCCCCAUGCCCCUGAUCACCACGGAGGCGCUGCAGAUGGUGCAGCUGAGGCCCGUGAGAAAGGGCUCAGGGGCCGAAGUGGCCCCGUCGCCAGAACCAACAGCUCAGGAACAACGAACUCCAACUGCUCCACAAUAUCACUUAAAGCCAUCUGCUCUCCUGAAAUCCCGAAAUAGCAUAAAUGAAAUGGAGAGUGAAAGCCAGCCUGCCUCUGCGACUAGCUCGCUUCCGACGCCUGCCAAGAGCCCCAGCCAGGGUGACCGUGACAGUGCAGCCGAGCGUGCCGGCCUUGUGAGCCGCAGCCAUGGAGCUCCAUGUCCUGGGCCGGGCACUGAGGAGGCAGAGUCUGGGCCUGGCCUCAGGAGCACCCCACUCCCAGACACUUCACCCAGCAGGAAGCCACCCCCCCUCUCCAAGAAGCCCAAACUGUUCCUGGUGGUGCCACCUCCGCAGAGAGAUUUUGCCACGGAGAAUGUGAGUGAAGCCUUCCAAGCCGUGCCCAGCCCCACCAGGGCAGAGGAGCGCGCUGUGCACAGCGAAGAGGCCAAAGAGUGCUCUGCAGCUCGAGCUGGUUCUCAUGCCACGGACCCCGGCAGCUCGGUUCUGGACGGAGGAGCUGCAGGGUUCGGGUCUCCCAGUAGAGUGGAAGCCGAUGCCCCCAUGGUACAGCCCAAUGCCUCGCCGGCCCCCACGCAGGAAGAGCCAGCUGGGGACGGCGGGGGCGAUGCGGGGUGCUGCCCUUCUCAACAGGACGGGGAAGCUGGGGUGCAGGAGGCACACACAGCCGAGCCCUCCGCAGAAGCCUGUGACUUCUUCCACAAAGACGACAGUGAGGAGGUGACGACCCCCACGAGACCCAGGACCACGGAAGACCUUUUUGCCGCUAUUCACAGAUCCAAAAGGAAAGUCCUUGGCCGGAAAGACUCUGAGGACGACCAUUCGCGAAACCACUCUCCCUCGCCGCCAGUGACCCCCACGGGCACUGCGCCCAGCCUGGCCUCCCCCAAGCAAGUGGGCUCGAUCCAGAGGAGCGUGCGCAAGAGUAGCACCAGCAGCGACAACUUCAAAGCCCUGCUGCUCAAGAAGGGCAGCCGCUCGGACACCAGCGCCCGCAUGUCGGCGGCCGAGAUGCUCAGGCACACGGACCCCCGCUUCCAGAGGUCCAGGUCGGAGCCUGCGCCCGACGCCCCCGAGAGCCCGUCCAGCUGCUCGCCCAGCAAGAGCCGCCGGGCGCAGGAGGAGUGGGCGCGGAGCGAGGGCCCCAUGCCGCGCAGCCUGUCCUUCUCGGGGCCCCGCUAUGGCCGCAGCCGGACGCCGCCCUCCGCAGCCAGCAGCCGCUACAGCGUGCGGAACCGCAUCCAGAGCAGCCCGAUGACCGUCAUCUCCGAGGGCGAGGGCGAGGCCGUGGAGCCCGCGGACCCCAGGGUGCGCCGCGCCAAGCCGAGCGCACAGGACCGGGGCGACCAGGGCGGCGAGGCGACCGACGCCUCCCUGCCUCCUCGGACUCCUGGGCCGGCAGAGGAGGGCGAGGACCCCUCCACGCCCCUUGGCGGUGCUGGGCAGGAGCAGAAUUAGGUCCAGAGCCCGGCUCCCCGGAGACAGCAGGGAGCCUGCCUGGCCCGGCUCGCCUGGGCACCCGCCGCGGGGCGUUUGGGACUCGCCGGCCACUCGCGCGUGGCUUCAAAGCAAGUAGAAGCUUCAACUUCUGAAAGUGCUUCCUGGGGAAGAUUUUUUUCUCGCCGAAAUGCUGGGUGUGAGUGUGUGGAUUUGAACACUUUAUUGUAACAGAUAACACAGACAGUGUGCACAGAAGUAGCGCUCCGCCGGGCCCGCAGCCAUGUGCUCUAGGUGGUUUGGAAGCGUGGUGUCCGCGGAGCUUAGGGCGCUCCGGGAGAAGCGGGAAGGCGUGAGCAGGAGGGGCAGCCGCCCGGGGCCUUCCGCGAGGCGGCCGGGGUGCAGGAAGCAGCUAGCGAAGGGCUAAGUGACUAAAGGGUUCAGGUACUUUUUUUCUGGGGGAAAAAAGGCUUUGUUUCUUUUUUGUAAAAAAAAAAAAAGACAAAACGCGGAAGUGGCGACGCCGUAACGCGGUGCCCGCUGCUGUGCAGCCACACACAUGCAGCUUUUAGCCUGGCGUCUCCGGGUGUGGGCCGUUUGAAUGACUAUCCUGCUUGGCAGCCCCGCUCGGUGCCUGAGAGCCCGCUUGGAGGUACAGAGCGGGAGGCGGGGCGAGGAGGAGAGAUACACUGCUGGGAUUUGUUUCCUGCUUAUUAAAUAAAAUUAUUUUUCAGAAAUUUGAAGAAUUGCACUACAACACUGUGGGCAAAGCUUUUCCAAGAGUCUUUCUUCCUUUUUUUUUUUUUUUGACUAGAGUUUAAACUUCCACUUGGCAAUUUCUUACCACUUGCCGUGUCAACAUUUGCUAACUUUUGGAUACCCUUUCGGUCACACCAAAGAAAAAAAAAAAAAACUAUAGCUAUGUUUUUCCUUGAACUGCCUGCAGUAUCAUGUCCUAAUUUAGAAAGGUUUACCAAAAUCUGUUAUUAUUAUCUUAUGUGGAAGAAAAUGCUGAGUAGCUCUUGUUAGUCAAAUAAACUGAUUAAACGUUUGUAGGGCUCGGCUAUUAAUUAGCCCUGGGAAAUGAGUUUUUAGAUUAAAAAGAUUUUCUUUUUGCAGUA